CUCGCCUCUGCCAGGUUUUCAGAGUAGAGAAGUGUCUUUGAAGAAACGUCCUGUUGGGAUGCCUCCCAUCAGUGCAGCUGCAGCUCUGCAGAUUUGUCUGCUGCUGUCUGCGCUUCCUGCACAAUAUUUCAUAUCCCAGUGGUAUGGAACAGACUCUGCUCAGCACAUCCAGAUGACAGAAAGGUUGAUAAUUGCCUCUUGGAGCAGCUUUACAAAAUCUUACAUGAGUCUGGAUGCGUGGGCAGAUCGUUUAAAGCUGUGGCUAUCAAAGACAAGGAAUUGGCACUAUGGAGAAAAGAAAACCAAAAGUGGCAACAAUGAAGCAGAAACCCAUUCUUACUUUGCAGAAUCAACUUAUAUCCGCAGUCCAAAGCCUGAAUAUAUUCGGUUCAGUGUGGGCCAGGUAAUAGUUCAUAAAAGAUUUGGCUAUUUGGGAGUCAUUGUUGGAUGGGAUGUAAAAGCUAACACUCUAGAACGGCUGCAACACAAACAUCCUCCAGCGAACCAGGAUCUAAAAGAUACUCCUCACUAUCGAAUUCUAAUUAACAAAGCAAAUGGCUCUGGCAAAUCUACAGCUUACAUUCCCGAGGAAGAGAUAACAAUUAUUAUGGGAUUAGAGGUGCAUCACCCUGAUAUGAAAGCCUAUUUCAGUGGAUAUGAUGGAUCAAAAUACAUUAUGCAGCCAUGGUUGAAAAAGAUCUAUCCUCAUGACUGAAAAGUACCUGUUUGUACAUGUAAUGCCCAUCCAGACAACACAUUUCCUUUUUAUACUUGAGCAAACCAACACCAAGAUGAAACUCAUGUAUAGUUUUUCCUGUGACAAAAUAAACUAUUCCUAAGCAUGUUUUACGUUGAACAGUCUGUUCUGUUAGAAGUGAACACGCUGCAUGUUCAGUUUACCAUGACUCAGGAUGGGGAUUAAUUUCCUUCCAGAUUUGGGAGGAAAGGUUUAAAUACAUCCCACUUUCAACUAGAAGUACCAAACGUUUUGCACAUCUUGCCUUGUUACAGGGAGAAGAUGAAGAAUCUAAACAAUUAAGAACUGUACUUUCAGAAUUGUAACUUUAAUUUUAGGGGACAGAGGUAAAUAAAGGCCACCAGGAACUAAAAUAUUUGUGGGGAGGGCUGUAGUAAAUCCUACAAUACUUUGACUACCCUCUCUACAAAAGCAUGCACUGUGCUGCUUUCAAAUGAUACUGGCAAAGGAAGAGUUAAUCUACUUUUUUGCACCUGGACAGAUAUGUUAAGAAACCACCUAC